AUGCAGUGUGAAGCUACAUUUGUUAACAAAAUGGCCAAACUUCGUCAGGAAACGGAAGCAGCUAUUCACGAGGUUAGUUUUCAGGCUAGAUUUCAGGUCUUUCAGUACGUCUGUAUUUUUCGUCUUUUACUUGUACACUGUGCAGCAAAUGGUCUCUUUUUCCAGGCAAACACACGGCUUGAUCAAGCUGAGAGGGACCGAGCCGAGGUACUACAUUUACAAAACACUUUCAGAUUAUCGUGGGUACCAGAUGAGGUAAGAAUAGACCUAUGGACUGUACUGAGAUAUUGGGGCUUAUAGAGGACAAAUACAAUAAACUGUUUACUUAAGGUGUUUCGAUACAGCUUUUCGGAAACGUUACCGAUAUUUUUUUGUCACCUAAAAAGUGAUUUUAUCCUUGUCCGAUCGCUAUAAAAUGUUCACCACUGACUGACUUUCGAUUGAAGUUUGUCAAAAUGUAGCUCAAAAUGUAGCGUGAAAUAAAAUCGAUAUCACUAUGAAGCAAUAAACAAAAGACUUUCACAUCGCGAUCUAGACCUGCUACUGAAAAUCCGACACCAGGAACUGGUUUUUGCCCUUCCUCGUCACAUAAGACACGAAAAGAAAUUGACCAAUUUUUAAAUCCUUAGUUAAGACUUUUUUAAUUUAAAUCAGCCUAUUUCUGUAACGCACAUUGAUCAUAUACAUAUGCGAAUUUACGCUUUAUAAGUAAUAAAAUUAUUAUUAUUAUUAUUAUUAUUAUUAUUAGCAAAUAAUCUCGUGAGAAGUAAAAAAUUCUGUUUGUUUGAAUUCAAACAAAACGUAAAUAUAUUUCAAACCUUAUAUUUUCAUAUUGUGCCGAUACAUCAAAGUUCCCAUAUCUUUUCAAUCCCCUUAUUGUUGACUUGAUUGCUAUCACACGCCUGUUGAUUGGUUAGUCUUAACCUCGUUUUAAUGCAGGUAAUGUAUUUUUUUUUCGCAGCUUGUUAACUACUGUUCAAACAGCAAAUGUCGAGCGCCCUUCACUCAAGUAAGUUUUGUGUCUUGUUUUAUUGAAUACAAGGUUUGAUUUCACGCAAACGUUGUUCCCAGGGCCUUUUCCUUUAGGAAAUGGACGGGGGCCCUGGAAAGGAGGUUGCCUUUACUCCAUGAUUUCAAAUCUUUGGUAACGUUUUGAUAGACGUUAUACCCAAUUUGUGCCGUAGAAGCUCAUAUGUUACGAUAUUUACCUUAUGUCAACUCAAUUGAUAAACCAAAUUUUCGACCGAAAACGGACACCAGAAGUCCACGGAACAAUUUUCGUUUCCAAACAUAGGUGAGUUUAUACACAAUCAGUGUUAUUCUAUGAAUAUCAAACCUCUCAGGAUUUGGAAAUUAGAAAACGUGUGUUUGUUGUUUUGAUUUGUUUGGGUUCUAUUGGCUUAACACAGAUGCAUUUGGUGUUUGUUGUAGACUAGAAGACGCCAUCAUUGUCGAUGCUGCGGCCGCGUUUUCUGUCACAACUGCACAGAUCAGUCAGCUCAGUAA